UUCUCCUUCAUCUGAUCAUCUUCACCCCAAAUUUUUAUUUUUUUUCAUUUUUUGCCCCACCCUUUAGUUCCUCCCUUAGUGUCCUAAAACAAGUCUUACCCAUAGCAUAGGUUUCUCCGCAGCCCCACAACAUUAGAACCCUGCAAGUUACCUUUUUCUAUGCUUUCCCUAUUUUUCUUCGCUAACGUAUAUGUAUAUCUCAGCUUUUGACUUGAUUAUAAUUAAUCCAUGUUUCGGUUACUUGGCGUCAGAGUAUGAGAGAGAGUGUGACAUCGGUUCAAUGCACUCACCUCCAUCCCACUAUCUCAGUGUGCGUUCAAUCCUUUUUGGUUUUUCUUGCCAUUGUCAACCUUGCACCCUUUUCUCGGUUGUCUUUUCUGAAUUCUCCAUAACUCUCCUCUAAAACAUUGUUUUUUUGCAUAUAAGAGAGUGUAUCACGAUAAACACAAAUCAAGAGUCAUCAAUGUCCACUAUCUAGCCUUAAAGAACCUUAUUAACUUCGCUCAUGGUUCUUCGGCAGAUACAGAGGGUUUUGAAACCAACUCUUUCUUCAAAGCCACACUUUGAGCAGGAAUUUCAGGGCAAUUUAGAAACCACACCUAAAGCUCAAGAGCUAUAAAACGAAGGAAGAGAGCACAUAACUUCACCACAGAUAGAGGCUUUCAAGUGUGGUCGGAAAACAGAUGCCUCUAUCUCUCAUCUAAGGUUGAUCAAGAUUAGAUUGAAGAAUAAGAACGUGGUCAAGGAUUUGACAAUGUAUCACAGUCAGAAUGCUUUCAAUCCUCAGCAAGGGUUGCUGAACAUGACAUCCUCGGAGAAUGAUCCUUUGGGAAGGAACAGAGAUGAUAUAUCGAAUGAUAUCGAUACAAUGGAAGCUCCCCCUUCCGGUGACGACCAAGAUCUCGACCAAGCAGCAAGGAGGAAGCGUUAUCAUCGCCACACACAACAUCAAAUUCAAGAAAUGGAAUCAUUCUUCAAGGAAUGCCCUCACCCAGAUGACAAACAGAGGAAAGAGCUGAGCCAAGAGCUUGGGCUGGAGCCUAUGCAAAUCAAGUUCUGGUUCCAAAACAAACGCACUCAAGUGAAGACUCAACAUGAACGCCAUGAGAACAAUCUUCUGAAGUCUGAGAAUGAAAAGCUUCGAGCAGAUAACAUUAGGUACAAGGAGUUACUAAGAAAUGCUACAUGCCCUACCUGUGGAGGCCCAGCUGCUGUUGGUGAAAUGUCCUUUGACGAGCAGGAAUUGAGGCUCGAAAAUGCGCGAUUAAGAGAAGAAAUCGAUAGGGUUUCUGCAAUUGCGACCAAGUUUUCUCCAAAAUCCCCGGGUUCUUACUAUAACAUGCCUUCGCGCUCGCUUGAUCUGGGAGUUGGUGGUAACUAUGGAGCACAGCCAGGCAUGGUGGGAGAAAUGUAUGAUGGCAAUGACCCUUUUAGGGCAUUUCCACUUCCUACUGAUGCUGACAAACUCAUGAUUGUUGAGCUUGCUCUCAUGGCUAUGGAUGAAGUUACAAGGUUGGCUCUGUCUGCAGAACCUUUAUGGGUCGCUGGAAGCUACGGCACUGAGAUUCUUAAUGAAGAAGAAUACCAGAGGACUUUCCCUAGGGCAAUAGGUCAAAAUUUGGGCUUCAAAACCGAAGCUUCAAGGCAAUCCGCGGUUGUCAUCAUGAGUCAUGCUAGAAUAGUUGAGAUGCUUAUGGAUGUGGAUCAAUGGGCAAACGUGUUUUGCGGCAUCGUUACAAGAGCAGUGACACUCGAAGUUCUGUCAACUGGAAUUGCCGGAAGUUACAAUGGAGCCUUGCAAGUGAUGGCAGCUGAGUUCCAGGUCCCUACACCUCUUGUUCCUACCCGCGAACACUAUUUCGUGAGGUACUGUAAGAAGCACUCGGAUGAAUCAUGGGUUGUUGUGGAUUUAUCAUUGGAUCAUCUGCGACCUGGUGCUGUCAGAGGAUGCCAAAGGCGACCUUCUGGUUGCAUAAUUCAAGAAUUGCCAAAUGGAUAUUCUAAGGUUAUCUGGGUUGAACAUGUUGAAGUAGAUGGUAGAGAAGUGCAUGACCUUUACAAACACUUUGUUAAUUCUUGCCUUGCCUUUGGAGCUACUCGGUGGGUGGCAUCAUUAGAUAGGCAAUGCGAACGUUUUGCUAGUGUAAACGCCACCAACAUACCAGCAGGGGAUCUUUGUGGAAGGAAAAGUAUGCUGAAUCUAGCUGAAAGGAUGAUGUUGAGCUUUUGUAAUGGUGUUGGCGCUUCUACCGCACAUGUUUGGACACCACUAACAAUUGGUGGUGAAGAUUUGAGGGUCAUGACCCGAAAGAGUGUGAAUGAUCCUGGCAGGCCUCCCGGUAUUGUGCUCAGUGCUGCAACUUCUUUGUGGCUCCCAGUCCCUCCAACGAGGGUUUUUCAUUUUCUUCGAGAUGAAAAAGCGAGAAAUCGGUGGGACAUUCUCUCGAAUGGGGCUAUUGUUGAAGAAGUAGCACACAUAGGAAAUGGUCGUGAUCCUGGAAACUCUGUCUCUUUACUUCGUGUGAAUAGUUCGAAUACCACCCAAAGCAACAUGAUCAUACUUCAAGAGUGUUGGAGUGAUGCUGCAGGAUCAUAUGUAGUGUAUGCUCCUGUUGAUAUAGUUGCCAUGAAUCUUGUGCUGGGUGGUGGCAAUCCAGAUUAUGUUGCCCUGCUCCCUUCGGGCUUUGCUGUUCUCCCUGAUGGGUCUGGAAUGAAAAACGGGCCAGGGCCCAUAAUUGAGACUGGGUCUGGAGGCUGUCUUCUGACAGUUGCAUUUCAGAUAUUGGUUGAUUCGGCUCCAACUGCAAAACUGUCUAUUGGUUCGGUCACCACUGUUAGCAAUUUGAUUAAGUGCACUGUUGAUCGAAUCACUGCUGCAGUGACGGGUGCCGCAGCACCUAAUUAGGUGCUGUUCCCUCAAAUA